AUGGCUCAGAUGCUGGCGAAACCUGGAUCGACAGGACAACUGCCCAUCCUACCAAGUCAUAUUACACGGGCCGCAGGUGCUGUAACAAGUAAUAUUAAUGUCCCUACCACGUUCAACAUAAAAGACCUGGAAAAACAGGGAGAAUACUAUCUGCAGUCACAACAGCUCCAUGCCGCCAAUGCUAACACUCGCCUGGAACACAUGUGUGCCCUCGACAUUGACUCAGAACCUAGUCGAGUUCGCAUGACAGGAAUCAUCUGUACCAUAGGUCCUGCUUGCAAAGAAGUGCCAAUGCUGCAGAAGAUGAUCGUAGAGGGAAUGAACAUUGCCCGUUUAAAUUUCUCUCAUGGUUCUUAUGAUUAUCACAGAGAAACCAUAGAAAAUGUCAGGAAGGCUGUGGAGGGAUUCUCUGACCCUCGUUCUGUGGCCAUCGCUUUGGACACCAAGGGACCUGAAAUCAGGACAGGACUUAUUGAUGGGAGCGGGACAGCAGAGGCUACCCUAGUAACUGGAGAGAGGAUAAAAGUCACUGUUGAUGACGCUUACAUGGAGAAAUGUAACAAGGAUAUUUUGUGGGUGGACUACAAGAACAUCUGCAAGGUGGUGGAGGUGGGUUCGAGAAUUUACAUUGACGACGGCCUCAUUUCUAUAAUUGUCAGAGAAAAAGGUGAAACUAGCUUGAUCUGUGAGAUUGAAAAUGGUGGACAGCUGGGAUCCAAGAAGGGUUGUAAUUUGCCAGGCACUCCUGUUGACUUGCCGGCUGUUUCUGAGAAGGACAAGCAGGAUCUACAGUUUGGUGUAGAUAUGGGGGUUGACAUGGUUUUUGCAUCGUUCAUCCGAGAUGCUGAAGGAGUUAGAGAGAUUAGACGAGUACUUGGUCCCAAGGGAGCAAACAUUAAGAUCAUCGCCAAGCUGGAAAAUCAUCAGGGUAUCAGAAACUUCAUGGAGAUCCUUCAGGAAACCGAUGGUGUGAUGGUGGCUCGUGGAGACAUGGGUAUUGAAAUUCCUCCUGAGAAAGUCUUUCUGGCACAGAAAAUGAUGAUUGGCUGCUGUAAUAGAGCCGGAAAACCAGUGAUCUGUGCCACACAGAUGCUGGAGAGCAUGACAAAAAAGCCGAGAGCCACCAGAUCUGAGACUAGCGAUGUGGCCAAUGCCGUUCUGGAUGGUGCUGAUUGUGUCAUGUUGUCUGGAGAGACGGCCAAGGGGCUGUAUCCACUGGAGACUGUCAGACACAUGCAUAAGAUCUGUAGAGAAGCAGAGUCCGCAGUGUUUCACAAACAGCAGUUUGAGGACCUUCGCAGAGAGACUCCUUUGUACACUGAUUCAACACACACCAUUGCCAUUGCUGCAGUGGAAGCUUCAUUCACAUGCAUGGCUGCUGCCAUCAUUGUCGUCACUACCACAGGCCGAUCUGCCUACCUGGUGUCAGCUUAUCGCCCGCGGUGUCCAAUUCUGGCUGUGACAAGGAAUGCCCAAACUGCCCGCCAGGCCCAUUUGUACCGUGGCAUUUUCCCUGUCCAUUAUAGUGCUCCCAUCCUGAAUGAGUGGACCGCCGAUGUGGACAGACGUAUCUGGAAGGCAAUCAGCCUUGGCAUUGAGAGAGGCUACAUCAGAAAUGAAGAUCCAGUUGUCAUUUUGACCGGAUGGAAACCUGGAUCAGGGGCCACAAACACGAUGAGAAUCAUUGCUGCCCAUGACAUGUCUGAUAAGGAUGUGCUGCCACCUAUUAUCGGAAUGAGCUCAGUUCCAUCCUUUAACCGCAACAAAGAUAUAGCUGAUGGAGUCUCCGCAGUGAAUUUGAAUGCAGAUGGAAGUGGCGAUGUCAAAUUCUUCUAG